GACUCUCACAUGACUAUUACAAAAGGAAAACAACGGAAACAACAAACUCAGACAUAUCUGCGAUAACAGGUGAGAACAGUUUAGAUUACUCCAGCGAUCCUCGGCAAAUAUACAGUUUAUCAAAGACUUGGACUAGAAGAUGAACGCUUUAUGGUUAGUGAGUGUACUAGCUGUGGCUAGGGGAGCCACCGUUCAGACGGGAAACGUCCAGUGGUUUGAUCUGGAGGCUGCACAGAAACACCCAGAACAGUUACAUAUCCUGAAGGCCAAGGCAGGGAUCAACUACCAGCCAUAUGAACAAGCCUGGAAGGAAUUCAAAAUCCUACACGAUAAAACUUACGAUGCAUUGGAAGAGGAAAGCCGUCGCUUUGAGAUUUUCAGAGAGAACGUCCAGAAGAUUGAGGAACACAACAAACUGUACCACCUGGGCAAGAAAUCCUACUACCUGGGAGUGAACCAGUUCUCUGAUCUGAAACAUGAGGAGUUUGUGAAAUACAAUGGCCUGAAGAAGACCUCUUUAAAAGAUGGAGGAUGUUCAAGCUACCUUGCUGCCAACAACUUGGUGGAACCUGACUCUGUAGACUGGAGGAAAAAGGGAUAUGUUACUGAUGUCAAAAACCAGGGUCAGUGCGGUUCCUGUUGGUCCUUCAGCACAACUGGUGCCCUUGAGGGUCAACACUUCCGUAAAACCGGUAAACUAGUUUCCCUCAGCGAGUCGCAGCUUGUGGAUUGUUCCCAAUCAUUCGGCAAUGAAGGUUGUAAUGGUGGUCUUAUGGACAAUGCAUUCAAAUACAUCAAGUCUGUGGGAGGUCUAGAGAGUGAAGAGGAUUACCCAUACAAACCCAAGCAAAGAACCUGUAAAUUUGACAAAUCCAAAGUUGCUGCGACUGACACUGGCUGCGUUGAUGUAGAGAGCGGAAGUGAGUCAGCCCUGAAGAAGGCCGUGUCAGAGGUCGGCCCUGUGUCCGUGGCGAUCGAUGCCAGCCACUCCUCAUUCCAGUCCUACGCUGGAGGUGUGUACGAUGAACCAGAAUGCAGCUCUGAGCAGCUGGACCAUGGUGUGUUGUGUGUUGGAUAUGGAACCGAUGACCAGGGACAAGAUUACUGGAUUGUCAAGAACAGCUGGGGUGCCGAGUGGGGAGAGGAUGGAUAUGUCAAAAUGUCCCGCAACAAGAAGAACCAGUGUGGAAUCGCUACCCAGGCCAGCUACCCUCUGGUGUAGAGAACUAGAACUAAUUUUUUGAAACGAAAAACAUUCCCGAGGAAGAAUGAAACACAAAAAUCAAAAGCUCUCAGAGGAACCGAAGAAACUUUUCCAGAUAAAUAACAGACAUUAAAAUUUUUAUUCUGUAACAAACCUUACUCUGAAACAUAUGCAUAAGUUUCAUCUAAAUAUACAUGUAUAAUACAUAUUAACUGUGAUGAAAACUAUUGCAUUUGAUUGGACAAGUUCUUUUUGUCUUAUGUUGUGAACAUAUGCAAUCUUCAUUAUAUUUUAUGUUUGAGCAAAUGAGAGAGAAAGAAACGAUGAAGUGAAUGUUUAAGGAAUGAAAGGUUGUCCGGUGCAACAUGACCUUUUGUUGUAUUGAUUUGAAUGAAGAUAGUUAGGGCAAAAAAACAAUGAUUUAAUUAGUGAUAUUUUAGUGUUCAGUAUUUUCCAAGAGAGUUAACUAUAUUUUUGUCAUUCUGCUCACACAAAAGUUAAGAAAUCAGGUUAGCUGUAGUAAGUAUGGAUGGACCUUGUUUUGUGAAGUUGCUUUGGAUUAGAGGAACUUGUUAAAUCUGUAAUUAGAUCUGCUGUGUUUUGUGUGUACAUAGUUUGUCUGAUUGUAUUGUUUUUCUUUCAUAAUAUUAUGAUUCUCACAGCUGUUUUUAACUUACAGAAUUUGCUAGGUGCAUUAUUAUUUUGGACAAUUUGCUUAAGAAUACAUUUUUUGGAGACGAAUUUUACAAUAAAAUUUUGAUACUA